AUGAGCGCGUCGAGGUUCAUAAAGUGCGUGACGGUCGGCGAUGGUGCUGUUGGCAAAACCUGCAUGUUGAUUUCCUACACCAGCAACACUUUUCCUACGGAUUACGUGCCGACUGUUUUUGACAAUUUUAGUGCAAAUGUGGUUGUUGAUGGGAGUACUGUCAACCUUGGUUUAUGGGAUACUGCUGGUCAAGAGGAUUACAAUAGGUUAAGACCUUUGAGCUAUCGUGGAGCCGAUGUCUUUCUUCUGGCGUUCUCUCUCAUUAGCAAGGCCAGCUAUGAAAAUGUUGUAAAGAAGUGGAUUCCUGAACUGAGGCAUUAUGCUCCUGGUGUUCCAAUAAUUCUUGUUGGGACAAAGCUUGAUCUUAGGGAUGAUAAGCAGUUUUUUGUAGACCAUCCAGGUGCGGUGCCCAUUACCACAGCUCAGGGUGAGGAGCUGAGGAAAUUGAUUGGAGCUCCUGCAUACAUUGAAUGUAGUUCAAAAACACAGCAGAAUGUGAAAGGAGUUUUUGAUGCAGCCAUUAAGGUAGUGCUCCAACCACCCAAACAAAAGAAGAAGAAGAAGAAGGGGCAAAAAGCCUGCUCCAUUUUGUGA